CAGCAGUCUCAUCCCCUAGCGUUCCAGCAUCCAGUGCCCCUGCCUGUUCCCAUCCCCUUAUCCCUGCGCUUUCCUCCUGCUCCUGGCAGUCAUAGCCUUGAGCCCCACUACUGUAGUCAUUUGCCUGUUCGCGCUCGACGGAACUUGGCAGAGCGUUUCAUAACGGAAUGUUUCCUGCUGUUGGAUAUUAAUUGCGAAAACAUUACUGUGGGAAUUCCUUGAGCCCCGACACUGACUCCCAUGCCAUUUAUCCUGCGCUACUCACAGCCUUCGUUAGGGGAACGCGUUAAGGAAAAGCACUAGUGGACGGUUGGGUUAUUGUCUUGUAGGCCUCCGUACCUCGAUUUUAUGGAGGCUUUCACUCCAUCAGUGACGUCUCAACGAAUCAAACAUGCUGCGGCGGCAUCCUGUCUUUCUGUAACGGAUUCUUAUAGUAGGACCUUCCCUAGUUCCUUCGCUGGUACCGUUACUAGUCCCUUCCCCAAUUUCUCCCCGGGUCCCUCCCCUAGUCCUUGCACUACCGCCUCCGUUGGAACUCGUCCAUCUUCCCCGCGCGCCUUAUCCGAGAUUCGUCAUUCUUCGCCGCGCCAAUCCAUCCAACAUCGCUCGCAUUCUCCGUAUCGCCGACAAAGUGUAGCAGCUCCUGCUGUAGCUGGAACCCGCGACUCUAUAUCGGGUUUCAGAUUCGUCACGCCCGACACAGGACGGCUCCAAUUGAGUUCCGAACAUCGCUCUGCUUACAGCAGCUCUCGUGCAACUAAUCAACCUACAGCUACGAAGAAUCUGUCGAUCCGCUCGCCAUUCCUCAGCGGUAGCGGAAAUUACGACCGUCUGUUAACCGACUCCCAGCGUCUUCCACGUCCCAACUCCCAGACUGGUACCGUCACAAUUUCUAUGCCUUUCCGACCAAUAGGAACGCGUGUUCGCCGCCACGUCACCGCGCAAGCACGGGCUUCCACGAACCAGCAUGGGUCGGAGCGGCCGUCGCUGCUGCCUGUCUCGCUCCAACCCAGGUUCGGUGGCCGAACCUGCAGGCUCGGGGUAGCUCCGGCCGCUAUCGCCCCGCGGCGAAGGAGUUUUCUAGGAUUGGGGGAUGGUUCCGCGCUGGGAGGGGAGAAUGGGGGAGGGGGAAAUUCCGCUGGGGGGGCUGCUUCCACUUCAACGGACACAAAUUUAUCUGCUGCCCGUUCUCAGACCCCUGACCGACCUCAGCCAUCCCUGGCCCGCCACGUGGCACGCAGCCUACCCGUAGCGGUUUUGAGCGAGCUGGUAGCAGCAGCAGCUACAGCAGGAGGUACAGCCGCUACAGCCGCGGCCAAUAGCGGCCUGCCAGCUCACUCGGGGCAUCUGGCGAUUCCUGCUACAGCCGUGACGCCUGUAGCGGUGACUGCUCUGGCGGCAAUUUAUGGAGCUUACCUAUCGGACAGCCUGCUAGGGCGGCAGCAACAGCCACCCAAGACAGAGCCGUUGAUCAUCGAGUCAGUGGACGUCACAGAUUACCCCAUCUUCAGGCACCCUGAGGUCCUGCGAGCAGUGGAGUUCGCCAGGGACGCGCACUGGGACCAGCGCCGCAGGACAGGCGAGCCGUAUGUGACUCACUGCAUCCACACUGCGCGUAUCCUAGCUGCUCUCGUCCCACCACAGGGCAAGAAGGCAGUGGAUGCUGUCGUGGCAGCAGUGCUGCAUGACAUUGUCGAUGACACGCCCUACGACAUUGCUGACGUGGAGAUGCUCUUUGGCGCUGACGUGGCACAGCUGGUGGACGGCGUGUCGCGCCUCAGCCACAUCAACCAGCUGCUGCGCCGCCACCGCAGGGCGACAGCAGAGCAGAGAGAGCAGGAGAACACGGGACUCAGCUCAGCUGAUGUGGACAGCCUGAGAAUGAUGCUGCUUGGCAUGGUGAACGACCCUAGGGUGGUGCUCAUUAAGCUGGCUGACAGGCUGCACAACAUGCGCACCAUCUACGCCCUCAAGGAGUCCAAGGCACGGGCAGUGGCGCAGGAAACUCUCUCCGUCUGGUGCUCCCUCGCCUCUCGCCUGGGAGUCUGGGCGGUCAAGGCGGAGCUGGAGGACCUCUGCUUUGCAGUGCUGGAGCCGCGCAUAUUCCGACAGCUGCGCAGCGAGCUGGCCACCAUGUGGAGCUCGCCUGAGGACUGGCGAUCACUGAGGGAGCGCCUCCGCCUUAGACGAAGGCCAGCGCGCGCUGCUGCUGCUGGGCCUGCUGGUGAUAGCAGUGUGUCCGCGUACCACCGUAGCAGCAUGGAUAGUGAGAGUGAGAGUGAGAGUGAGAGUGAGAGUGAGGGUGAGAGGGAUCUGGAGCUGUUUGGGUUCGGGCGGCGGGUGGGCAGAGGUGGUUCGGCUGGUGGGGGGAGAAGAAGAAGCACCAGCGGCAGCGCCAGUGACAGCAGUGCUAGCAAUACUAGCUAUAGCAGCAGCAGCCGGAGUCUGGAUGGUGCUGCUGCAGUCCAGCAGCAAGCUCAGGAACGCGAAUCCAUGGAUGGGGAUGGGGAUGAGAAGGGGUUGAUCCGUUUCAUCACACACUCAGGAUCAGGGGGAAAAGACGGCACCAAGAAAGGGGCUAGUGUUAGUAAGGGGGACAGCCUUGCAAAGGGGGCGAAGGGCACCGGUGUGCUCAUAGCGAAUGAGUUCCUAACGAUGGUGGCUGCAGCAGAGGGGGCGGUCCUCGAUGCCGUGCCAGGUGGCAGGCUGCUACAGGGCGAGAGGGAGGAGGAGGGGGGGGGGGAGGAGGAGCUGUCAGUUCAGGACCUAGUCGAAGCCGUGGUGCCCUUUGAUCUGCUGGCGGAUAGGAACAGGCGCAGCAGAGCUGGUGCGUGGCCCGCUGUGGCUAGAGCUGCCGCGGAUGCCAUGGGUGAUAGCGGUGGUGACAGCACCAGCAGCACCAGCAGCAGCAGUGGCGGUGGCAGAUUGAGUGGUAUGGGUACUAGUUCAAACAUGAGGAGGAGCAGGACCCGUGUGAUGCGUGAUGCAGAGGUGGCUCUCACGGCCCUGCACGGCUGUGAGGAGGCGCUGCAGAGAGAGCUGCUGAUCACCACCCCCUACGUGCCCGGCAUGGAGGUCAUCCUCUCAGGCCGCCUCAAGAGCAUGUACAGCUGCCACGCCAAGAUGCGCCGCAAGAGCGUGCCCCUGGACAAGAUCUACGACGCCCGUGCGCUGCGCGUGGUUGUGGGGGAUGCCAACGGGACGCAGCACGAGGCGGCUGUAGAGGCGUGCUACAACCUGCUCAGUGUGGUGCACAGCCUCUGGACUCCCAUUGGUGGAGAGUUUGACGAUUACAUCCUCAACCCCAAGCCAAGUGGUUACCAGUCGCUGCACACGGCAGUCAGAGGCCCGGACGGAGCUCCUCUGGAGGUGCAGAUUCGCACCCAGUCCAUGCACGAGUAUGCGGAGUUCGGCCACGCGGCUCACUGGCUCUACAAGGAGAGCGACGCUCCCGAGGCUGCUCCCUCUCCCUCCUCCACGUCACCUCAAGCGCCAUCCAAUGCGAAUGCGCCACCUGUCCAAUCAGACAGCGAUCAGCAGCAGCAGCAGCAGCUUCCAGGUUCUUCUUCCUCUCUUCUCUCCUCUUUCACCUCUUCUGUCUCCUCCAAAGUCUCCUCCUUCCUUUCCUCUCACUCCGACGCUCAAACCAGCUCCAGUGGUGGGGUUACCUCUGCUACUGCAGCUGCUGAUAGUGCUGCUGCUGCUGGCAGUGGGGGGGAGAAACGACGCACAACGGGCAAGUUCCAGCCCUUUUCGGCGGCUGAUUUUGAAAUCCCUCCAGCUGAAAGCAUGGCUGGUAGCAGUACGACUGGUAUGACUGGGGACAACCGCAGAGGGGGGACCAUGACCAACAGGUCCACAGAGGUGCCUCGUAGCAGUUCUAGGGGGGGGACGCAGAGCAACAAGAGCAACAGUGCUAGCUUGGGGGUGCCCCGUAACACUUCUAGGGGAGGGACUUUGAGUAACAAGAGCCUGCAAGGAAGGGUGCCAGGCAGCAACAGGACAACGAGCAGCAGUAAGAGCACAGAUGCUGCAGCAGCUGCAUCCGUCCUUGCCGGGAGAGAAGGUAGGAUGCUGGAUACUGACUCGACUGCUCAAGUUUCACCAUUAGAAAUGCUAGCAUCGCUACCACCAUCACCACCAACAGCACCAGCAGCAGCACCACUAGCAGCACCAACAGCAACGGUCACAACAGCAGCAGCAGCACCGGUCAUACCAUCCCAAUUGCCACAGACUGACCUUACCUCAUCUUCCAAACCAGAUCAAGCAGCCAUGGAAACCCUCCGAAGCGGGGUAGGCUCGGAGGCCCACGCUCGGCCCGAGCCUGACACAGGCCUGGCCGGUGCUGUGGCACAGGAAGUUAGGGAAGAUAGUGUGGAUGAUGCACGCAGGAGCAAGGGAGAAGGGGAGGUUUUGUACAGUGGGGCGAGUGGUGCUAGUCAGGGUGCUAUUGUGGUGGGUCAGGGGGGACAAGAAGGCUCAGUGGUGGAUGCAGGUGUGGUGCCAGUUGCAGCUGUUCCAAGGGAUUACGUGGGGCCAGAUGCAGGGGAGAGCGAUGUGGGGGGGGUGGAUCUGGUGGAGGGAGAUUUGGAGGACGAGCAGGGGGAGGGGGGUGAGUUACAGGGAGAGACAGUCCCUAGGCUUGCUAGAAUGCAGUUACCGAAUGGGAAGGUCAUUUUAGAGGGGCAUCCUGCGUUGAGGGUGGAGGAAGGAAGGCUACUGACCUCUGUGGUAGUUAGUUCUGAGUCUUCUGGAAAUACCCUCCUUGUCGCAUCGGGUUUUUCCAUUCCUGCCCGAGAUUCUCUUGUCGCUGCCCGGAGUGUGCCGCAGGGGAAGCGUUGGGCGGCGAAUGUGCGCCUUUUUGCGCGGGUGAAGGACACAUGGUGGAAUUCCCCGGGCCAUGGGGACUGGAGCACUGUGCUGGAAAAAUACUCGUUAUGCAGUGAUGGGAUAUACCAUAAAGUGGACCAAUUCGGCCGUGCGCAGUCCACUUUUAUACAGCUUUUAGAGCUUUCAGAGGAGGAGACUGUAGAUUACGAAAGGAUUGUAGCAGUGGCGCUUAUAGAGGGGUUAGCGGCGGCAGGGAUAGGAAGGGUUGGGGAGGGGGAGAGUGGGGAGGAGGAGAGGUGGGGGGGAGAGGAGGGGAGUGAGGAGGAGAGGUCGGCUGGAGGGAGAGGGAUGUGGAAGUGGGGUCUUGGGAGGAUAUGGGGGUGGACGAGGGGGGUUGAGGGGAGGGAGUUGGCAGAGAGGGAGCGCGAAAGGGAGAGGAGAAGAGAAAGAUCUGGCGAGAGGGAGGAUAGUGAUGGGAAUACCCCGCUUUGGGGGGUUGUAAGUAGUGCAGGUGCAGGUCAGGGGGGUGAGAAUCAGCAAAGCAGUAGCAGCGCGUUGGAGAGCGGUGAUAUGAGCGAUGGAAGUGGUAACAGCGGUGGUAGCGCUAGCAGCAGUGAUGCCAGCAGUGCAGAUGCUUCGAGUGAGAAUGAGGGGAAGGAAAUACCUCUCUCUUCUGCUGCGCGAAUCAACAACAAGGUUCGGCUUCUCCGGUCCAUGCUGCAAUGGGAGCGGGAGGUUCGACACGAGGCAGCACCAGAUAGCACAUUAGCUGGUGUAAGCAGCAGACCCACAACUGGCAGCGGUGGUGGCAGCAGCAGUGGCAGCAGUGGCUUCGGCAAUCGUGGCAGUAGCAGCAGUGAAGGGGAGGGAGAUGAGAUGGGAGGGGAGGGGCAAGGGAUGGGACAAGACGGCCUAGUGGACGCUGUUGCUCUCAGCGAAGUACUCGUUAUAAGCUGGCCUGGUGGCGAGAUAGUGCGCAUGCCGGCAGGCAGCCUAGCAGGCGACUUUGCUCGGCUGCGCGCCAAGGCAGCCACGGGGGACGCAGCAGCAGCAGCGGCAGUCAUCUCAUCUGAUGGGCUCCGCCUCUCGCUCUCCCCCACCACCGCCAUGGCCUCUGCCUCUAGAGCCUCGGCUACUGGUACCUUUUCUAAUGCUGUGCUGGCUGCGAGGGGUCGAGGGAGCAGCAGCAGUGGUAGUGCCAGUACUGGAGGUGAUGAUGGGGUCGAUGCUGCAGCUGCGCUGCUCUGCCCUGCAGAGGAGGCGAUUUUUGUGAAUGGGAAGCCGGUGGAACCCAACACGCGGCUCAGGGAUGGGGAUUUGGUGGAGGUGCGAUGCGUGGAAGACUUGUAGUAGCCAGCCGCCUUAUCUAGUGCUGACUUGCUGCUGCUGCUGCUGCUCUCUAUACGAGAAGCAUGUGAUUUCCAUCCAACGGCUCAGGAAGGGAUACAUCAUACCUACCUUGUGGAGGUACCAUGGGCGGGGGAUUUAUGGCGUGUUCCUGCAACCCCUUAUCCGAUCUGCCUGCCUCUUGUCGCACUGUGCUAGUGCAUUGAACUGGCUCGCGCCAAAUUUAAGCUGUACAGUAUUGUGCGCUUUUGAGAAGAAGUGGAGUAACAUGGGCCUCUUUGGUGGGUGGAGCUUGUGUACCAUGUCACUGUAGCUCUUCUGGAGGCAACAGAAUUAUCUUAGGGAAGACCAUUACCGGUAUCUAGUGAUGUGAGCAGGGCUGACGUUUCAAAAAAAACCACCCUGAGCUGUCGAAUGGGGAAAUUUUUUUACCCUG